AUGACCCUAACAACAGCAUCAGCAACAACUGCCGCCACAAAUCAACCCACCUCGCUACCACUAACCGAUACGACGUCAACGACAAACAAUAAAAAAAUGGACAUCAAAUGUCCACCAAAUGUUGCUGCUGCCGUUGUGGCUGAGGAAAAUCUACCCACCUCUGAAAUGGAUCUCUUAGCAAAAUUGGAAGCUGCCAAUAAAUUAAUUGAAAGUGAUGCCAAGUCAUUGAAUUCGUUGCAUUCAACGCAUAGUCGCAAAAAUUCCGAUACCAGUCAAAUAAGUAUUACAAGUCAGAAUGGCAAUUCAGUGGCCGAAGAGGAUAUUUGGACAACAUGGGCCACAAUUCUAAACGAUUGGGAUGGUGCUUUGAAGCGUAAAAAUCCAUGUGUUCGUGAAUUGGUGCGACGGGGUAUACCGCAUCAUUUUAG